AGGUCACAGAGUAGCACCUGUACUGAAGAGAGAGAAAAGAAUAUGGAGCUUUCAGAGUUUCACUGAACUUUGUGCGAUUAAGACGUUUGUUGUAGUUGCUCUUAUCAAGAAAAGAAAAUGAGUAAGGUUUUGAGUGCGCUUGAUGCUGAUGUAGUGGACCUCCCACCGCGUCCCCUGACGUUCACGGACGGACAAGGCGAUGGAAAGAAAACAACAUCGGACCCCGAGGUCCCAACUGAAGACCCAGUGUGUGACUGGGCCACGGAACCGGCUCUGCUCCAACCCACAGAGGUUCCUCAGGACCAGGUCACGGACGUUGUGACUCAGGCUGAGGAGAAGAUUCAGAAGCUUGUGGUGUCCAAUACUCAGCUCGAGGACAGAGUUAGGGAGCUGGAGGAACUGCUCUGUGAGGCACGCAGAGAUGACAUGAAAAGCAAGGUCUCCCUGACUAAGGCUGAGGAGUCCAUUGCUCAGUGGAAGGUGGAGAAGGCCAACCUGACCAACCAGGUGAAGACACAGCAAGGAAAAGUGCAGUACAUGGAGAACCUCCUCUGUAAGGCUCACAGGUGGUCUGUUGAUCGAAUCAAUGUCGUUCUGGCUGAAGAUGAGGAGAAACCCCAGAAGGCUGUAGAGUCCAUCGCUCAGUUUGAGAUGGAGAAGUCUGAGUUUCAGAUGAAGAACGAGGAGAUGAAGAAGUGUCUGAUACAGACAGUGGAGUCACUGAAGGUCUCUCUGGCUGAAGCUGAGGAGAAACACCAGAAGGCUAUGGAGACCAUCGCUCAGCUUGAGGUGGAGAAGUCUGACCUGAAAGACCAGGUGGAGCCACUGGAAGUGGCACUGAAGGACGUGGAGAACCUGCUAUCCGAGAAUUACAGCUGGGCGGCUGAGCUAAUCAAUAAGCAUCAGAUGAACAACGAUGAGGUGAAGAAGAGACUGAUACAGACAGAGGAGUCACUGAAGGUCUCCCUGACUAAAGCUGAGGAGAAACACCAGAAGGCUGAGGAGACCAUCGCUCAGCUGGAGGUGGAGAAAUCUGAACUGAAAGACCAGGUGGAGACACUGCGAGAGACAGUGCAGGACGUGGAGAACCUGCUGACUAAGGCUCGCAGCUGGGCUGCUGCUCUAAUGAUUGAGCAUCAGAUAAAGAAGCAUGAGAUGAAGAAGAGUCUGAUAAGCACAGAGGAGUCACUGAAGGUCUCCCUAACUGAAGCUGAGGAGGAACACCAGAAGGCUGAGGAGACCAUCGCUCAGCUUGAGGUGGAGAAGUCUGACCUGAAAGACCAGGUGGAGACACUGCGAGGAACAGUGCAGGACUGUGAUGAGUGACUCACUGCGAUGAGCUAAGAGACAAACAGGCAUACUCUUGGAUCCCAGGAGACAAGUGCUUGAGACAGAAGGCAGUUGAACAGAAAUGGAUCCCCAGCAGAAUCAACAUGAUGGGGUAUGAGGGGUGAAAAUAAGAAAGUAACAUAAUUUAAUGUGAAGUAAAAAGUCAAGCUGGUCUUAUAUAGGUGAUAAACACUGCCCCCUGGGUUUCCUACCCAGUGCUGGUCUUAUAUAGGUGAUAAACACUGCCCCCUGGGUUUCCUACCCAGUGCUGGUCUUAUAUAGGUGAUAAACACUGCCCCCUGGGUUUCCUACCCAGUGCUGGUCUUACAUAGGUGAUAAACACUGCCCCAUUACUUUUGGCAUGUGUGUUUUGUUAACAAAGUCAAUAUUACUGACAAACCAGGAAGCAUGCACUCAGGCUUUGAGCUCGUGCUUCGGGUUACGUCACCACGCCACGCCGUUUUUCUUUCCAGCUUGAUUUUAACUUCACAUCUUUUCACCCUUCAUACCUCAUAAGCUUCAUGGAUAAAUACAAACAAGAAAUCAAACACAAAGACAGAAAGAACUCUUAAGUGUAUUUAAGGAAAAUGAAAUGUAUUUGUUAUAAAGAAAUACUAAAUAACUAAAUAAAUGUGUGUCUCUGGAA